UGAUAGGUUAUGUCGCAUAGAUCUUAACAAAUGUAACGAAUCUAUGAUCUUAACGUCUAGAUGGAUCCAAUGGUUUCUUAACACUUUUUAUAUUAUAGUUCUAGUAUGAAUGAGUUUUAUGUUUUUUUAUUGUAGACGUCAGUAAUUGACGAUUUAACAUGGAUAUUAUGUUCUUCAAAAAUAAAAUUCUUACACCAGGCCAGUUAAAGCGACUGGCAGAGCACAAGUAUAGUUCUGAAAGUAUCAGUAUUUUGGAUCGCAUUUUACAACCAUGGUGGAAUUGGCUUGUUGGACAAGUACCAAUUUGGGUUGCUCCAAAUUUGAUAACAAUGGUUGGACUUUUUAUAAAUAUCAUCACAACACUUAUACUUGUCUGGUACAGUCCAGAUGCCCAAACUGAGGCUCCUAGAUGGACAUAUGUGUUAUGUGCCCUUGGUCUAUUUGCGUACCAGAGCCUAGAUGCUAUUGAUGGAAAGCAAGCUCGGAGAACAGGGUCUUCUUCGCCACUUGGUGAAUUAUUUGACCAUGGUUGUGACUCAGUUUCCACAGUGUUUGUAGCUGUUUCUGCAUGUAUCUCUGUUCAAUUGGGUGCUUAUCCUUCAUGGAUGUUUUUCCAAUGUUUCUGUGCUUUGACGUUGUUUUAUUGUGCUCACUGGCAAGCUUAUGUGUCAGGUACGGUAAAGUUUGGUAGAGUUGAUGUGACUGAAGCUCAGGUUACCAUUGUUAUUAUUCAUUUGAUAUCAGCUGUUUUUGGACCUGAAAUAUGGUCAUGGAAGUUGCCCUGGCUAGAAGCUGAAUUAAAACAGUGUGAAGUCAUAGUUGGCAGUGCAGUUGCUGUUUAUCUUUUUCAUCGAACCAUUUCAACUAUUCUCAAAGGAGGAAUUGGGAAAAAUGGAUCAUCCAUUGCCGGAACUAGUGUACUGUCACCUAUCAUACCAUUAAGUUUGGUUGUUGUACCAGCUUUUAUAAUAUGUCAUAAAAGUACUGAACUUGUUUAUGAAAAUCAUCCCGUCCUUUAUAUAAUGGCUUUUGGGUUAGUUGCUGCGAAAGUUACCAACCGUCUUGUUGUAGCACAUAUGACGAGAAACGAAAUGGAUUAUCUAGACACUUCACUGUUUGGCCCUACUAUGCUGUUUUUAAAUCAAUAUUUUAAUUUUUUUAUACGGGAAUAUGUAGUUUUAUGGAUUUGUUUGGUUUGGGUGCUGUUAGAUCUGUUACGCUAUUCUUACCAGGUCUGUCAUGAGAUUUGUGAUCAUAUGAGAAUAAAGCUAUUUUCUAUAACUCCUGUUACGAACCCCGUGGCAGCAAACAAAAAUGUUGAGGCGACCUUUCUGAGGAGCGAAGAUGGCACGCCUUUGCUGGAUGCUGAUGAUGAUGAAUAUAUCAUUUACGACGCAUCACUUUCUUGAAUGAGCUAUUUCUGUAACAUCAAUAUUCAUUGCCGAGCCAUGUAAAAAUAUCAUUUAGAAAAAUUAAGAUUCGCAGAAAGAGUUAUUUUUGAAUUAGAGUAUAUUUUUGAAUUAACAAAUAUUAUUAUCAUAAUGACUGAUUGUUUACUUUGAUAAUAUAUGUAUAUUUCAUUUUUUCCUAUAUAGUAGACUCUCUAUAAUUUGUGACAGACAGCAAGACUAUUAUAACUCUUUUUUUUCUUCUCAAAUUCCAUCAAUUACUGGAAAAUAAAAACGAGUUUCUAAUUGAUAAAUGAAAAUAAUUUAUGAUUAUAAAAAAAGUAUUGCCAUUUAUAACAAUUAUUUAAACGAAGUUAGAAAACAGUAAAACCUUGAUGGUUUUACAUCUAUUAAGCUAUACUUUUAUGUAUAAAUAAAUUGUAAUUUUAUCACCAACAUAUGUAUGCACUUUCUUCUAUGAACAUAUACAAUUACAUUGUUAAGAUUGUAUACAUUUUUCAGGUUAAAAAAAAUCUGUAUCUUCAAAGAUAUGUAUUACUUUUUAUUCAAAUUCAAUAGACAUACAUAUGUUGUAUGCAUGUAUUUAAACACAAAUUUAUUGUGAUAUUUCUUAUAUUUGGGCUAAGUAGCUUCUAGUGUACUUUCAUUUUAUAUAUUGCUUUCUUAAUUAUGUGCAUUUUUUUUAAAUGCAAACUUUUUUUUCUUUGGUUUAUUAAGGUAAAAUUUCAAUUUUUUUGGUGGGAGGGAAGGGAUAUUAAUUAGUAUUCUAUUUGUUUGUCUCUUAUUUUGUCCAGUGGCUGUCUGUUUAAUAUGUAUACUUAUUUAUAACAUAAUUGACCUCCUUACACCUCAACAAAUUAUCGGGAUUCUACUGUAUACAGUAUUCAGUUUUGAAUCAGCUACUAUAAAAUUUAGUCUAUUUUUUUAACAAAAAAUCUUUUUUUUAAUAAUUACAUAUAAGUUGGAAUACUAAGGGCAUGACAGUAUUUUAAAGAUUUUUUUUGGGUAACAAGUGAGUUAUUCAUUGAGGUACUUAGGUUAUUUGUCUAAACAAAUGUAAGAUAUACUUGCAUGUUUGGUUUUGCUGUAUUGUUUCUAUCUGCUCUGUGAUAUUUUUCUGAUUAGUGUAACGUUUGUUCUGUUUUGUUUAUUAAUAAUUUCAAUAUUUUUGUAUAUAAUGUAGUGUAUAAUAUAUAAUAAAAGUGUUUCAUUUGUAUUAUGCAUGUUGUACGAUCCUGUGUUUUGCCAAAUGAUGGGGGUGAUCCCUUGUGUUUUUUCAGAAUUUCAUGCUCUUCAUCUUCGCAAGUAUUCUGAUCAUCGUCCUCUCAUCACUUCAAGAAGUGCAGAAAGUAUUAUCAGUCUAGAAUCUCAGUACUGAAUAAAAUAAAUAUAUGUUUCUGAAGCCGCUGUGUUAUAAUUUAGUUUUGGAAAAAAAAAAAAAAACUGAUGUAAAUUGCAAAUAUAAUUGGUUUCAUGCCGAAGUUAAAAUAUUUCUCAAUAAAGUUAAGAAGAAAAAAAUCAAUUGAAAAUAGCCUUUUGAUGUUUCUCCCUGCUUGAUCCACUUUAUGCUGAUUCAUUUUAUUUUUUAAUUGAAAAUAUGUUGUUUUGUGUUUUAUGAGGAAUCUACUUGUCCACUCAAAAUACAUUUUAAUUUUAUGAAAUAAACUUAUAAUUUAC